CGCGAUACGCAGCACGCCAUGACGAGCGUGGCGAGCAGCUCCACCACCAGCAGCAGCAGCAGCAGCAUCGCAACAACUUCGACACUCUCGGCGCUAACGCCUGCCUUCACGAUGAUUCCUAGCUCCGUUCGCCGACGCGCCGCUAACGAUCCGACACCCGCCACCGAUCAGGACGAGUCAGGUCAACGUAAGCGCCGCCCUCGACCUCGUCACCGUAAGAAGAAAGAAUCCGCUCUUCCAUCUGAGCAAAACGAAGCUGAGAACGUAGCAGAAGAGAAGUCGAAGCCCAAGAGAAGGAAAAGACCUGCCAAAAAGAAUCCCGUUUCUACUGCUCAUGAAGCGUCAACUUCUGCCUCGACCCCCGAAGAGGACGACGAGCCUGAGUACUGUAUUCUAUGUGCCGAUCCCAUUAAGUUUUAUGCUGUAGGCGAGUGCAACCAUCACGGUAUCUGUAGCAAGUGCUCCAUGCGCAUGCGACUCAUUAUGGACGACCGCAACUGUCCCAUGUGCAAGCAGCCACUUGACCGCGUGGUUGUCAGCAGCACUUCGCGUCCGUACGAGAGCUUUGAGCUCUGGGGCGACGCAGCAGGACCAGAUUCCGUGCUGGACGAGCCCUCCGAGACGAUCUACGUCGACUGCAAAGCGCACUACUACGAACUGCGCAGUCUGCGCGAGUUUAAGUGCAGGAUGAAGCGCUGCCGAGAGCUGAAGCACUCGCUGGGCCAACUGAAGGAACAUUUACGCCAAGAUCACGGGGUGGAGUUCUGCGAGCUCUGCUUGAGUCACCAGUCGUUCUUUAUUCAGGAACAGGAGGUGUUUACCAAGGGCGCCUUGAAAGGACACAACAUUGGACGUAGUCGAGGAGGUCCCACGGGUCAGAAACACGCCAACACAGGAAAGGAUUUCCACCCAAUGUGUCAGUUCUGUCGGAAACGAUUUUACGGGGACAAGGAGCUGUACGAGCAUCUGGAACGCAACCACUUUAAGUGCCACAUCUGCAAGGUGGAGAACGAAUACUUCCGCAACUAUGCAAGUCUGGAAACACAUUUCCGUCGAGAACAUCAUUUGUGCGAGGACCGAAGAUGUCUUGAGAUGCGCUUCGUUGUUUUCCCGAACGAUGUCGAGUAUCAAGCGCAUAUGAGCUCCAUUCACGGCGUUCACAAUCGUCUUCAGUUUAAUUUUCAAGUCGCGCGUGGUGGCAGUAACCCUGUUAGUGGACCAAUUACUCCAGGUUACGCCGACGAAGUGCCAGAUCAUUGGAACUACGGCGUCAGUGACCACCCGCCGUCACCUCCAGUGCGACUUGAGGAAGCCUUCCCGGCACUGCCAACACCUGCUGGACCAGCGCCAGCUCCAGUGUUGAGACCAGCUAUUACUCGACCUUCAAGCGGCCACACACAGGGUCCGUCUCCAGCGAGACAGGUCCCCACUCCUCCUCGCGGUCAAAUCGUGCGCAACCAGAGACUGGCACAAGCUCUUGGAGUGACUAGACCGGGACUUGCUAGGGGAGAUACCGCUGCUUUCGAGGAAGAGAUGAAGACUCCAAGCUACCCCGACGAUUUGGUGGCCUGGGGUAAGGCGAACACAAGCUACCUCACUGUGGUUGAGCGUCGAUUGGAACGUAUUGUGCAGGAACCGUCUUGCCAUAGCGUCAGUCUGCGAGUGAUGUCGGGAGAAGAGCGAGCUCUGAUGCACCAACUGGCUUCGUUUUACGGCGUCGUGUCGGAAUCCUUCGGCGAGGAUCCGCACCGUCGAAUUUCGUUCUUUAAGCGCGACGAUGCGCGUGUGCCCACAGUGACGCUGUCUGCGCACAUCAGCAAUCUCAACAAGCAGGCACGAGCAGCCCAAGCUUUGAGUCGACUGAAGUUCCUUCCGUUGCGUGGUAGCACGCCUCCUCAGCCAACUGUGCCGGUGCUAGCUAGAACGCCUGUUCCUGUCAACCGUGGCUGGGAACACAUCGAACCCCGUCGUGCUCCAGUCGUUGCGGAUGCCUGGAGUGACGAGGAAGAUGAAGCUGCGACGGAGGAAGAGGGCACUGCUGACAGCGCCGACUCACAGGAGCACAGCGAGGAGACCGAGGAAAAGUCGUCACCAGAGCGACUUGUGGGUGCAGCGGGAAGCAGUGAAUACCCCCACGACUCCGCCGAAACAGAGGCUCUCAAAGCGAAAGUUGCCGCGAUCAAGUUAGACGAAGAGGAAUGGGAUUAG